AUGGCGAGCGCAAAUCCCGAAUCCGACAACAAACCAUCGUCCACGGACAUGGACCUCAAGAAAGUCUUCAACCAGUUCGACGCCAACGGGGACGGCAAGAUCUCUGUCUCUGAGCUCGGCAACGUGUUCAAAUCCAUGGGAACUUCUUACACUGAAGCUGAGCUCAACCAAGUCUUGGACGACAUCGACAUCGACCGCGACGGUUUCAUUAACAUGGAGGAGUUCGCUGCCAUCUGCCGCUCGUCCUCUUCGGCCACAGAGGUCCGUGAAGCCUUCGAUCUCUACGACCAGAACAAGAACGGUUUGAUCUCGUCCUCUGAGAUCCACAAGGUUCUCAACCGUCUAGGUAUGACGUGUUCUGUUGAAGACUGCGAGAGAAUGAUUGGGCGUGUUGACACUGACGGCGAUGGAAACGUUAACUUCGAGGAGUUCAAGAAGAUGAUGUCGUCACCUGAGCUACUCAACAAGCAAGGAUCUGCUUAG